AUGAUUGAAAUCAAGUUUGAAUCAGAUUGGUUCGACAAAUGGCCCUUACGGUUUGACAAGUGCUUAGUACCAAAGCUGUCUGUGUCAUCUGACUUGAAGAACGACUACAGUAUAUCGUCCAACGACUACAGUAUAUUGUCCAACGACUUCUGUAUAUCGUCCAACGACUUCAGUAUAUCGUCCAACGACUACUGUAUAUCGUCCAACGACUUCUGUAUAUCGUCCAACGACUUCUGUAUAUCGUCCAACGACUACAGUAUAUCGUCCAACGACUACAGUAUAUUGUCCAACGACUUCUGUAUAUCGUCCAACGACUUCAGUAUAUCGUCCAACGACUUCUGUAUAUCGUCUAACGACUUCAGUAUAUCGUCCAACGUCUACAGUAUAUCGUCCAACGACUUCUGUAUAUCGUCCAACGACUUCUGUAUAUCGUCCAACGACUUCAGUAUAUCGUCCAACGACUUCUGUAUAUCGUCUAACGACUUCAGUAUAUCGUCCAACGUCUACAGUAUAUCGUCCAACGUCUACAGUAUAUCGUCCAACGACUACAGUAUAUCGUCCAACGACUACAGUAUAUCGUCCAACGUCUACAGUAUAUCGUCCAACGACUACAGUAUAUCGUCCAACGACUACAGUAUAUCGUCCAACGACUACAGUAUAUCGUCCAACGACUACAGUAUAUCGUCCAACGACUACAGUAUAUCGUCCAACGACGUUCUUUUAUGUGUUGGGCCCUCAGCGAGGGUCAUGUGA